GAAAAAAAAAACUUUCAUUUUAUUCAAACCAUUAAAUGUCAGGUAAAUUAAAAUCGUUGCUAUUGUUUUAGGUGCGAAGACAGUAUUCUUGGAUUCCAAAAGAACUCGUUGCUAGGUUUGUGCGUAAUUGCCCAUUUUGUAUUACCCGGCGAAAUGGAGGCCAAAGUCCCAGCACGUUUACCUCCAAAACAUCGAGCCCGCGUGGCUACAUCUCCAGGCACAGUUAUGCAUACGAUACAAUGCCCCAAAUUCUUUGCGCACCCAUCAAUGAAGAAAGUGAUAUAUCCUCAACCGGUCCCUCAUCCACUGAAACCGGGUAUAAUACGUCUUCCAACUAUGUGACGAUAACGCAAUCGUCUUCCAGACGGCCUUAUAUGAACGGAAUCUAUGGUCAUGGUGAAGACGAUUUCCUACAUCACUAUCAGUAUCAACCAACUUUACAAUCGUCGUUCCAACCGAACCUUACGUUUCAACAGUACAGCGACAACGCAUCCCCAGCCACCAUGCCAUCUUCACAUCAGCCAUCGCUAUUUUAUCAUCAUUCGACUUACAUGGGUUAUCCUUCGUCCUCGUAUCCUAAUUCAUAUUAUCCUAACGUACUUGGUAUUGCUCCGUGCAACUCUGAAACCACUACCGCCGCCGGUGCAAGCACUGUCAAUGCUCCAGAGCCCGGUACCAUAACUGAAAGAGGCACCAGAAACGACAGUCAUCCUACGACGGCAGAAUCCUUUCUAAGAUCGGCCAACAACGGGACCGAUAUAUUAGCACAUCAUCCAGAACAGCAGCAUUACUUUGGACCGUCGUCUACUCAGUUUGUACCAUACGCUUCGUCCAACAUGACAGAAUCUCCUUUUGCGACUACCGAUCUACGAUGAGAGAGAGAUACAAAAAAAACGAUAUUCAUGAGGGAAAGAGGAAGAACCAAGUGCUGAUAUUCAGUUCAAGGUCCGACGACAAAAUUGGUUCCUUGAUUUUUCCUCCCCAGUAAUGUUACGAAGCUAGAACAAAUCCAAAGACGAAAAAUAUCGAAAAGCAAAACCGUA